GACUCUUCUUCAAACGUCGGCAGAACCUUAAAGUAGUUGUCAAAAUGGCGGGUGAAGGUUCUACGGCCGUGAAUCCAAAUUGCGAAAUCGUUCGCGGUCACACGUUUGAAGUUGGUCCGCGUUACACAAAUUUAUCGUAUAUGGGCGAGGGUGCAUAUGGAAUGGUCGUAUCCGCUUACGAUAAUGUAACAAAAACAAAAGUAGCUAUUAAGAAAAUUUCUCCCUUCGAACAUCAAACUUAUAGCCAAAGAACAUUAAGAGAAAUUAAAAUUUUGACAAGGUUUAAACAUGAGAAUAUAAUAGAUAUAAGAAAUAUAUUAAGAGCACCUACCAUAGAGCAAAUGAAAGAUGUGUAUAUUGUUCAGUGUCUGAUGGAAACUGAUUUGUACAAGCUUCUUAAAACGCAAGCUAUUAGCAAUGAUCACGUAUGUUAUUUUCUCUAUCAAAUACUUCGAGGGUUAAAGUAUAUUCAUUCUGCGAAUGUCUUGCAUAGAGAUCUCAAACCAAGCAAUUUACUUUUGAAUACCACCUGUGACCUUAAAAUUUGUGAUUUCGGUUUGGCCAGAGUGGCAGAUCCGGAACACAAUCAUGCAGGCUUCCUUACAGAGUAUGUCGCUACCAGAUGGUAUAGAGCGCCAGAGAUAAUGCUUAAUUCAAAGGGAUAUACAAAAUCUAUAGACAUUUGGUCAGUAGGUUGUAUCCUUGCUGAAAUGUUAUCUCGAAGAGCAAUAUUUCCCGGUAAACAUUACUUGGAUCAGCUUAAUCAUAUCCUUGGUGUCAUUGGAUCUCCAUCUAAAGAUGAUUUAAAUUGUGUCAUAAACGAGAAAGCUCGCAAUUAUCUUGAAUCAUUACCGUUCAAGCCAAAGGUACCAUGGACAAGUUUGUUCCCAAAGGCUGAUCCAAGAGCUUUAGAUUUGUUGGAUAAAAUGCUUACAUUCAAUCCUGAUAAACGGAUUGCAGUGGACGAAGCAUUGGCACAUCCGUAUUUGGAACAGUACUAUGACCCAUCUGAUGAGCCUGUCGCAGAGGAGCCAUUUAGAUUUGACAUGGAGUUGGAUGAUCUUCCAAAAGAAACUUUAAAGGAAUAUAUAUUUGAAGAAACUUUACUAUUUCAACAAAAUCACCAACAACUAAAUGCGAUGUAGUUUACUGAUUUGAGGCUCGUACCAACGAUUUUAGCUACAACUGCAAGUUCAUAGGAUGACCAAAAAAAGAAGAAUCGGAAAGUGUGAGAUAAGUGAAAGAAGUAAUAGAAAGAUACUUCCUACAGCUGAUCAGCUGUUGUCCUAUUAACUAGGAGAAACACGAACGAGGAAAUUUUGUUAAAGGUUAGUCCUGCAGUUAACAAUCAAUCAUUCGGGUACUGAGAGUUUAUGCCCAAUAAAAAAAAAAACAUACACUUGUACAUUCACACGUCUCUACCGAAAAAAAA